AUGGCACACAACGUGUAUAGCUUGCGGGUCUUCGCUGCUGGCCCCAAAGGGGGCAAUCCACUUCCGGUCGUCGUCGAUGCACAGGGAUUGUCUCCCGCCGAGAUGCAAGCUGUUGCAGCAAGUCAUGGCCAUGAAAGUGGAUUUGUCUUUCCUGCCUCAAAAGCUUCCGGUUGCGACUUUGAGUUCGUCUUCUGGGUUCCCGAGCACGAGAUGGAAAUGUGCGGCCACGCAACUGUUGGUGCUGUUUGGUUGCUGGAGAAAUUGAAAAAGUUGAAACAUCCCGACAUACGAAUUAUGACCAAGAGCGGGAUUAUAAAGGCGCAUGUCUCAAAAAAUGCCCAGGGAACUUGGGUUGAGGUCUCCCAACCAGCAGGCGUCGUGGAUACAGUGGUCGAUCCCGACGAUAUCGAGGCAUUAGUUUCGGUGCUGGGCAUAUCGAAACAAGAAUUAGCAGAUCUGCCGAUCCACAAUUCUAAAACCAGUAGAGUCAAGACAUUGAUCCCAUUGAAGUCGGCUAGUCAGCUCAACUCGCUCAAACCAAAGUUCAACCUCGUCAAAGAAUUUUGCGAACGGAUUAGGAGCACUGGCCUCUAUCCAUAUGCUCUGUCUGAUGCUGAAAAUCAGGUCUUUGAUGCCAGGCAAUUUCCUAAAUCCUCCGGCUACAAUGAAGACGCUGCAACAGGAAUAGCUGCUGCUGCUUUGUCUUAUGGGCUUCUGAAGAAUGGGCUUGUAAAUAAUACCGAGAAGCCCAUUAGGAUUAGGCAAGGAUGGGCAAUGGGCUGUCCGUCAGAGAUCUCUGUGAGAUUUAGACAGGAUGGUAGCGGCUGCUGGAUCGGCGGCACUGCUGUAGAAGAGACAGGGCUCUAA